GUCAUUCAUUCAUGUUUUGUGUCGCCCACCUAUCAGUUAGACACUUCGUGACUCGAGGAGUGGUUUUGCAUUCAUAGGAAAGUUCCUCUCCGGGGAUCGGUUGAGAGCUCCUUCGAACACUUUGAAAGUAACUUCGUGACGAGGAAAAUUCUCCUAGAGCUAGACCAAAGAGCGACUCCCUGAAGUAUUGUACAGGCAUUUUGAUAUUUAACACCCUGUGUAGCGUUGUUAUCUGAAAGGCAGCAAUAUUAUUCUUUUGAACUACAAAGGCUCUACAAAACUUGAUAUGCUUUAUCGAGAGCAUCAGUUGAUUAGAAAUUAUUGAACAGGAGUGUCACGCCAAUCCAAAAGAGUUGGCAAUGUGAUAACCUAACCUAUGAGUUAUUUCAACUUCUGUAUUCAUUUUGCCUUUAAAAACGAGCAUGAGAAAUCUUGAGCAUGAUAAAAAUAAGUGGAACAUAUUCUCUAAUGGUGCUGUCGAAAUGUUUGCUCAUGGUUUUUGAAGUUGGAUGUGUUGGAACAAAAACCAAUAACGUUACUAGAAAACCAACCAUUGAUGAACUGCCCCUCCGUCACCAACUCCUCCGCUCGAUAAUGAAACACGACGGCUGUCGACUGUACUACCCUUGGAGCAACUACUCAAACCCCUCAUUUGAGCUGAACAACGCCACAUGCCAUCACGGCUGCAAGAUCGUGGGCGAUCUCUACGAGGAACACCACCAGAACCGUCCGCGGUUGGUCCGCUACGGGAGCUGCAAGGCCGGUCUCAAGCUCAUCUAUCUCCAGUGCAAGUGCCUCCUGACCCACCACUACGCUCGUGCCUUCCGCUGGCGGACGCUGCAAUACACCGCGCGCAACUACCUCCAAGACAUCGUGGACUUCAGUAUCAGCGAUACGUGGCGGACUACCCCGAGCACGCCGGAGCCCACGGUGGGCGAGGCUGACGAGAAGGCGUUCUUCGAUUCGUUCACCAACGGGCCAAGGGAGUGGAUGAAGGAGAGGGCGCGGCGGGCGUCCACGACGGAGGGGGAGUCCACGACGACGGGUGAGAACGUGGACUACUCCGUGACGUCCACGAGGAUGAAUCGCACAGUCACAGCGUUGAUGCCGAACGAAACCGUGAGCCCGACGGAUCAAAUUGUGAUGACGCGGACGACGCCCACGAUUCGGCAAGAGAAACAGGAACCGAAUAAACCGGAGCCAAAGACAAUAUAUUUUUAGCACCUCGCACUGACAGCCAUAGCUAGGAACCGCGUUAGGCAGGCAGAUAGGGUCCAAACCACAUCAGAUAUUGCUAAAUUUAAUUGUGAAAUUUAAUUUUUUACCCGAAAACGGAUGAAAGCAUUUUUGUGCAAAUUUCAAUCAAUUUUUUGCAUACG